UAAGUAGUAGACGUAAAACUUUACAUUCCACACGACAGAACCAAACAACACUGAACUACAUAAGUUUUCAUAUCUUUUGUGCUUUCGUGUGUUAGUUUAUUAUACUAAGAUGAAGCAGGGUAGACCUGAACUUUUGUUCAUUCUCGGUCUGAUCGUGUUAGCCACUGAUCACGUGACGUCACUCGAGCCAGGAGCCAAGUUAAGACUGACCAAAGCUGGCGUCAUCUACGCCAACACGGUGGCCCAAACGGCUCUAGGCAAACAGCUUCAGACAUUGAAGAUAGACGACCAGUCCGGUUCUUCUGGGGACGUUUCUUAUAGGCUUACAAACAUCCAGACACGCCAUGUAGCAGUACCGAGCAGUAGCAUGACCUUGAACCCUGACCUUGAUGGCCUGUCCUGGUCACUCUCAGGAUUUGGCCUCAGCCUAACAGCUGACUGGUGGGCCAAAUACAACGGCAUCAUCCCUAUCUCAGACAGCGGCUCUGUGGAUAUCGGCAUCAGUAGCGUGAGUCUCUCUGUAACGGUUGGGCUGGGGGUGGACGCCUCAAGUCGCCCCAUGCUGGUCACCAAAAGCUGCGGCAGUUCCAUCGGUGACGUCAGUCUGGACUUUCACGGCGGCAGCGCGUGGAUCUACAACAUCUUCAAGGACAUCCUGGCUGGCAUGGUCAAAGAUGCUCUCAAUGGCCAGAUAUGUACGCUCGUGACAAAAGCUAUCAAUGUGGACGCCGAAGCACAACUGGCGAAAAUGAACGUGUACAUUGAAAUAGACAAUCGUUUCCUACUGGACUACGGGCUGAUAGCGCCCGUCACAUUUACAGCUGAUUACAUGGAGAGUCUGCAUAAGGGUGAGGUGUACUGGAUAACGGACAAGAAAGAAAGCCCCCUGACACCUGAGCGGAUCCCCCCGUGGGGUGACUACAGCAGGAUGUUGUACCUGUGGGUCACAGAGUACACGGCCAACACGAUGGCCCAGGUGGCCCAGGAUCACGGGUAUCUGCAGUACAAUCUGACGGCCAAAGAUCUGCCAGCGGACAGCAAAUAUAUCCUGAAUACAACAUGUACUGGAAUGUGCAUUGGUACUCUCAUUCCUCAGAUAAGGGCCAAGUAUCCCAACUCAGUGGUAGAGAUCCAUGGCAAGUCUUCCUCCACCCCCCUGGCCAAUAUUCUUGACAGUGGUUUGAACCUGGGUCUGCUGGGUGACCUGGUGCUGUAUGCUCGCACACCUGAUGGUAACUUGGCUUACCUGCUCACGCUUGCCAUGAAAUUAUCACUGAAUGGGACAGCCUUCAUUGAUAGUGAGAAAGUUAAGGGAAACAUCACAGCAUACAGCUUCAAAGUUAGCGUGAUAGAUUCAGCAGUGGGGGAUGUUAGUGAAUUCGCUUUGAAUUUGCUACUUAAUGCAGCACUUAAACUAUCUGUGAUUCCAAGUUUUAAUAAAAUGGCUGAGAAUGGUUUUGAGUUACCCAUCACUGGUGACAUCAGAUUCCAGAGUUCUAAAAUUACAUUCCUUGAUGGUGUGCUCCUAGUGUCCACUGAUGUCCAAUACAUCACACAGACAGAACAAGUUCUUCAAUUUGCAUCUGAGAGUGAUUUUCAUUAACAUUUCAAAUAUUAAUGAUGAACUGAUUACAUGUUGUAAAUAUAAAAUUUAAUUUUUAACUUACAUUUUUUUUAUCCUUUACUGCUGGUUAUUAAUGCUCCACAAUAUUUUUUUGUAAAAACUGUCAAGUAUUAUUCCAUUUAUUAUUAACAUAAAUGUGUUUAUUACGCAUUCUCUGUAACAACUAAAAUCCUUCUAGAUCAGA